AUCUAAUCUGUCACUGCAGGGGUGCCACUCCAGCCUUAUCAUUUGAGAAAAUGUGCCUAGAAACAAGACACGAAUUAAUUGCACAAAUACAGGACUGUUUUGGAUUAUGACUGGGCACUAAAAAAACUUUGAAGAUUGAAGCAGUGGAUUCAUCACUGUAAGAUGAAAUAAAGUCAAGAUAGGUCAACGACAAGAGGCUCUACCGGGCUGGCCGGGCGCACCGGUGACCUUAUCGAUUUCACCAGACGGCUUCUUUCUGGGUGUCAAAUCCAGAGGUGAACGUCGCAAUCCAGGUUAAAAAGGGAAAGAUUGAUCCAUUUUGUGAGUGAUGCCAGAGUUAAAUCAAACAUGCACCAACAUAUGCAAGUGCCACCCUUGGAAGGAAGAGCUCGCUGUAAUUAUGUAAAUCUGCCUCUGAUUAAUGGGGACAGACUGAAGACAGCUAAGACUCUAGUGGACAAGGCAAUAAAGGAGAAGAAAGUGUUCUCUGUGCAAGGUCCAUAUCCUGUAAUCCGUGCAGGCCUACGUGCAAGAGGAUGGGUGGAGCGGCGGCUACCACAGCUCUCUGUCCCACGGCCUCGUCGACAUGAUCUUGAAACAGAAGCCACAGAUGAGGGUGGCAGCAGUGAUGAUGAUGACUUAGGAGAGGAGGGAGAGAGGGACGAUGAGGCAGAUGAUCUGUAUGACCUAAUGUCACGGUUGGUUCGCAAUGAGACGGCAUAUUUCUACUGGACAACAAGGAGGGAUUCAGUCGACUGUCGGUCUUUACGUAAAGACCAGAUGACCAAUCAUUACGCAAAGGCGGGAUCUUUCACCACCAAGGUUGGUUUGUGUAUGAGUUUGAGAAAUCUGCAGUGGUUUGAUGCAGCAGAUCCCGAUACAUUCUUCCCACGCUGCUACAGACUGGGGGCGGAGGAUGAUAAACAUGCUUUUAUUGAGGACUUUAGACGGACUGCAUGCACAAGUCUACUGAUGUAUGUUUUGGAGAAGUAUGCAGGGGAUUCAGAGUGGGAGAGAACCAGAGAGGUGCAUGAUGCUAAAUCUCAUGGUCUGAGCAAACCUCGUAAACAGCAUGCCAAUCAGAGGGUUGGAAGCUCGAUAAUUGACAAUGCAUUGCAUGUAUGUCAGGAGUAUCUGAACAGUUUAGAACACUGUGACAUAGACAUGACUUUGGAAACAACCCCUACCCUCUCAGAGGAACAGUGGAAGGUGUUUCUUCAGAAUUAUUAUUUAGUUAUUCAUGAAGGACUGACGAUAGAGGGCUGUGAAGAUUAUGCGGAGCGUUGUAAAUGCAUGUUGGAGCAGAUGCGUUGUUUUUGCCCCCAGAUGGAGACUGAUGGACUCUGCAACAUCUGGAUCAUUAAACCUGGGGCCAAGUCACGAGGCAGAGGUAUAAUGUGCAUGAACAAGCUGGAUGAGAUAAUGAGUUUAGUAGAUGCAGACCAUGGCAUCAUGAAGGACAGUAAGUGGGUGGUGCAGAAGUACUUGGAGCGACCUCUCCUCGUGCAUGACACUAAGUUUGAUGUAAGACAGUGGUUCCUGGUUACAGACUGGAACCCACUUACUGUGUGGUUCUACCGUGAGUGCUACCUUCGCUUUUCUACCCAGCCUUACUCCACUCAUACAUUGGACAGUUCUGUACAUCUUUGCAACAACUCCAUCCAGAAGCAUUUUCAACCAAGCCCAGAUCGCAAUCCUUCUCUACCCGCUGAGUGCAUGUGGUCAUGUUCACAGUUCCGCUCCUGGUUGGCUGCUUCAGGCCGAGGUGACCUGUGGGAAGGGGUGGUGGUUCCAGGUAUGCAGAAGGCUGUUAUCCAAACUCUCUUGACUGCGCAGGACAGUGUGGAACCUCGCAAAGCCAGUUUUGAGCUUUACGGAGCUGACUUUAUGCUGGGACGGGAUUUGCGACCUUGGCUUUUGGAGAUCAAUGCCAGCCCCACCAUGGCACCCUCCACAGGAGUCACAGCUCGACUCUGCCCCGCUGUACAGGAAGACACUUUGCGGGUGGUGCUGGAUCGACGAUGUGACCGCAACACUCACACUGGCGGCUUCCAACUAAUAUACAAACAGGCAGCAGUAGAAGUUCCUCAGUAUGUGGGAGUGAAUCUUCUUGUAGAGGGGACUUCAAUCAGGCGUCCUCGAGCCCCUGUUUACAAGCCUCUCAUUCAGUCUCACCCUGAUCCGCUAUCAAAAUCCAGCAGUCACAGGUCUUCACUCAUAAGCAGCCAUUGCAUUUCUGGUAAGGAGAAUCAAUCAGAGGAGGCAAAGAAGGCCUGGCCUACCCUCUCCUCCCGUAAAGUCACGUUCGAGAAAUCUUUGAUCUUUCCACCUAAACUGAGGAAACGUCCCCACAGACUCGUCUUACCCUCAACCUGUUGUGUCCUUCCCAACCUAGCAGAACUUCAUCCGCAAAAACUCUCACUCACUCACGCCCAGCCCGAUCACCCCCCCACACACAGGACACGCAGCAACCUUCCAUCGCUUUACCAUCCAACCCCAUCACUGGACGUUAUAAAUCUACGUCCCAGACAAACGCUCGCCUCCGGUCGCUACAAACACGAAAUGCACACAGUCAAUAUAUCUUAUCCAGUCUUACGCGUGCAGAAAUACCUGUCACUAAACCAUAGACGGGCCAUGGACACUUUCACAGAGAGAGAAGGGCCAAAGUCAUCCUGAGGAAUCUUUUGGAGAAAGCGAUUUCAUUCAAACAGAUUAUUGUGAGUUAAUAUGACCUAAAAGGAGUUUUCAAACCCAUAUACCUUAUCAAUCUACUAUCAGAAAUAAGAAAGAGAACAGCAUAUUUAGUUGAGGAAGAGAAUUCCAGCACAUUUUUCCUGAGCACAGUUAUUUAUUUAUAUAUUUUUUAAAUCUGUCAUCAUUUACUUUUUAAAACCUGAAUUUUCUUCAAAAGUUAAUCUUAUGCAGAAUAUUGACUGUUCCCUUCCAUAUAAUGGAAGCAUACCUUGGCCAGGGCCUGUUAAGCUCCCAAAAAGACCAAAAAGCACCAUAAACACUUGACCAUAUACAACAGCUUUUAGAAUUUGGACUUUUUGGGUAAUCUACUGUAUCCCUAUAAGAUUGUUUUACAACCAAAAAACACAUCUUUAACAUAAUACAUGAUAUUUAAUGUGAGAUAUACAGUAGUACUAUUAUGGAAUGCCUAGUUCUGUAUUAUAUUGAUAUGGGAAUCUUGACUGUAAUAUUAAGCUUAAUGGUGCUGAAUUCAGAAACAAUCAGGAUGCUUCAUUUUAAGCUGUUCUUUGACAAUGCUACUUAUCAGAAACACUAGUGACAUUCUCAACAACAAAAAAAGUAUGCAAUUAGAAUUAAGCUAAGUGAAAAUAAGAUUUGUAUAAAACUCAUUUGCACUAUUAUGAUGGUAAAACCUUUAACCAAACUCACCACUAGAUGGAGAUGGCAUUCAUCUUUUUAAUCUUCCUAAUUUUUUGUCAGUGCUCAUCAUGUGUGUAUAAAUAAUGUAUGCUAAAUCCACCAUGAUAGCUUUUUAUAAUAUGUGUUAAUACAGUUUGGUAUGUCAUAAUGUCAAAAUGACAGGGUUUUAUGGACAUUUUUGUAUUUUUGCAUAAACUUGAUCAUCCUGAUCAUCUACAAUAAAAGGGAGCACUUGAAAUCACUGAAA